AGUUCAUCGUGGAGGCUCGUGAGGAGCAGCACACGGAGCAAGGCAGGUGGAGGUGGGAGGAGUGGAAGAGGGUGCCGGGGGAGUUCAACCACCUGGAGCUCACCCUCCACCCGUACUGCACCUACCGCUUCAGGGUCUUCGCCGUCAACGAGAUCGGCCGCAGCGACCCCAGCCAUUUCUCGGACCACCACAAAACCCCCCCUGCCGUCCCUGACAGAAACCCCUCAGGUGUGCGCAGCGAGUCCACAGACCCUAAGACUAUGAUCAUCACCUGGGACGAGAUGGACAAGCGCUUCCACUCCGGCGAGGGGUUCAAGUACCACGUGUCGUGGCGGGGGGGGGGCGACGCUCAGUGGAACCACGCAGACGUCGCGACGCCUCCGUACGUCAUCAACGACACGGGGACGUACACGCCGUUUGAGAUCAAAGUCCAGGCUGUCAACGACGUCGGGGGGGCACCGACACCGGAGCCGGAGAUCGGAUACUCCGGAGAGGACGAGCCGCAGGAAGCUCCCACUAAUGUCUCCACGAAAGUGAUAGACAGCACCGUCACAGUCAAGUGGAAAGAAGCCCAAAAUGUGAGAGGUCUGCUGCUGGGAUACAAGAUCUACCUCCAGAGGUUGGGUCCGCAGGGCGGUCGGGUCCGGAGGUCUCUCGGGAAACAGCACCAGAAGAGAGAGGAUAAGCUGGAGCGAGCGAGGGAGAGAGACCGGGAGGUGGUGGUCCACGGCGUGAAGACCUCAGAGGAGGUGACGGGGCUGCGGCUUUACUCCAGCUACGAGCUGUCCGUCGCUGCCUUUAACAGCAAAGGGGAGGGGCCUCGCUCCCCCCCGCACCACUUCAGCACCCCACAGGGAGCGCCUGGUCCUCCUGCAUCGUUAAGGUUGGAGAGUCCUUCAGAGAAGUCCAUGAUCCUCUACUGGAGCCCUCCAGAAGAGACCAACGGCAUCCUGCAGGGAUACGUGGUGCAGUAUCGGGAGGAUCUGGAGAACAGCUUGCUGCAGAUGGAGUACAUCGACGACCCCACUAUGACCCACUUUGAGUUGGACUCUCUGGACCCGAGCAGCCAUUACAUCUUCAACGUGAUCGCUAGCACCAUUGUAGAAGGACCCCCCAUCACCCGGAGGGGGGCCACCGCGCUGGACGGAGUUGCUCCAUCACACAUCAACAUAGUUCCCAGCAACACGUCACUCAACCUGAGCUGGGUGCACGGAGAGAGAUUCAGGAACCACGGCUUCAUCAUCCGAUACCGCAGGAAGUGCCCCGGCUGUGAUUGGUUGGACUCGGAGGUGGUGAACUCCACGCAGGGUUUAUAUUUGCUGAAAGGCCUCCUGCCGGGAUCUGAGUACCAACUCAUGAUCAACGACACUCAGUGGGAGAACUCGACACGGACCAUAGGAGCAGCGCCGUCGGUGAUGCCCGGUGGGUUCGCUGCUCGGGGUUGGUUGAUCGGACUCAUCGCUGCCAUCCUGCUGCUGGUGCUCAUCCUGCUGAUCCUCUGCCUCAUCAAGCGCAGCAAGGGGGGGAAAUACGCAGUGAAAGACAAAGAGGACAAGGAGGGGGACUCUGAGGCUCGGCCCAUGAAGGACGAGACGUUUGGAGAGUACAGAUCUCUGAAGAGCGAUGCGGAUGAGAAGCGCUCUGAGAGCCAGCCCUCUCUGUGUGGGGAGAGUAAGCUGGGCAGCGACGACUCUCUGGCGGAGUACGGGGACAGCGUGGACAUCCAGUUCAACGAGGACGGGUCCUUCAUCGGCCAGUACAGCAACCGAGGGCCCGCCCCCCCCGGGCACGAGAGCUCCGGCCCCGCCUCCCCGGACAACGGCGUCCCGCCUCCCCCCAUCGCUCCGUCCAUGUCCACCAUCCUCGACCGGCCCAGCUAGACACACACACACACACACACACACAUUACAGAAAAACACACAUUCACACUGCGAAACACAAAGGGACAGACCACUCCUGACUCCACUGCCUGUAAUGUUAUAGUGCAAAAACACACACACACACACACACACACACACACACACACACACACACACACCGACACACCGUCUCAAUACAUUCCACAGGUUUAUGCAGUGCAGCUGUUUACAGGAUGUCUCGCCUUUUCUACUCCAAGUUUACACACACACACACACACACACACACACACACUAACUCACACACACACAGAAACACACUCACCACUACGAGCAAACACUUCCAAUCAGAAAGCUCUUCACUCCAGAAAGAUAGAACGAGGAUUGCAGACAGUUGCACCAGCUGUUUAUCAAACAUAGGCGUUGAAUAGUCUAUUAGGGGGGCUACAUAACAUUAGUAACAAUUCGCCUGAUAAAAACAAGUCACAAGACAAUUCAAAUGUGGCUGUUUUGAACAAUUGUUUAGCUUAUAUCUCCAAUAGCUCAACCCCCAGACAUCCAAUAAUAAGACCUUUAUUCAAACGAAAAACAGACCAAUAUCUUAAAGAAUGUGUCUUGAAUCUGGAUCAAAAGUAUAUUUAUGAAAGCUUCUGGUAGACAACAACGCCAUUACAGUUUAAUUAAUUAAACGCAACCUUAAAAUUACGGAAAAACUGUAUCCCAAAAUGUCAAUUUCUUCAAAAUAAAAGUUCCAAACAGCCGGUGCAACGCUGCAGGAGAGGAAGAGGAAGGCUGUUGUGAUGAAGAGUGGCUCAAAGAAAAGGGAAAUCUCAUCUCGUCUGACCAAAAUGUCAUCCAUCUUGUACAAACAUGUAUUCCAUUUCAUUAACACAUUCAAAGUCAUAUUCAUCGUUUUUAUAUAAACACCACCACUUUGAGUUUUGUGUACGUCCUCGUCAACCGUCACCGCUCCGUGUCUUCGUGCUGUUUUUAUAUUUGUGUUUCUGUGCAUGCGUCUGGGGAAGCGCUUUCUAUUUAUUGAUGUCAGAGCGCCUCCCAAACCUAAGAUGCACGCCCCUCGCCGAGGCUUUUCAUAACUUGAUAUUUAGCGUAUGAGUUUUAUGACUGACUGUUACUGUGUGUGAGUGUGUGUGAGUGUGUGUUUGCUCACCAUCCCUGCUUUUACCUGCAGUGAUGGGAGAUCUGUUGCCUUAAGAGAGUCCAGUUGAGCGUCCUCUCCUCCUUUCUGUCUAUCCGUCUGUCAAUCAUCCAUUUUCCCUCACACACACACACACACACACACACACACACACACCCAUCACCCUCCUGUUUGAUCAGCAGGUGAAAUGCAGGACCAAGUUUCUACGGUGGCCCUGAAGGAUCAUAGACCUGCAAACACAUAAAGACGCACGCAAAGAGGAGACCAAAACUGUUUCAUUACAUUCAUGGAAAUGAGCUUAAAACUGAACGGCUUUAAAGGUCCAUUUGGGGUUAGAAAAAUAACAUUACAAUAGUUUACGGCGCUGAGGAAGGGGGUUAAUAUUCAGGGGGAAAAGUUAUGUACAAAAAUAAAAACUGAUCAAUAUCAGUUAUUAUAAUGUAUAAAUUGUCAGGGCCACCGUAGAAUGUGAUUACAGAGAGAAACGCACACACACACACACACACACACACACACACACACUGAUGCAUGCAUAAAGUGGAGGACAAUGAAAACCACAUGCAGGGCCGGUCCUCUGUAGCAAAACCGUAAGGGACCCUCUGAAGCAGAGAGGAGGAGGAGGAGGAGGAGGAAGAGAAUCUGACGUAUGGUUCUCUGAAUGUAAAUACAACCUUGAGAAUGUCAUUUUUUUAUUUCCAAUGCUUCUUUUAUAAGAAGAUCAAAUUGUAAUUGUUUUUUUUAAUUAUCUGUUGCUCUGUUUGGUUUUGUAUCAUAACCCCCCCCCCCAGCAUUAUGUUUUCCUCUUGUGUCACAGUUAGUAGUCCAGAGACAUUUAGAGGAACCUAGAAUCCGUUUCUUUAUAGCGCUUAGAGAUGCAGCAGAUAAUAUUCAUUAUUAAAAGUCCUAAAUGUUAGCAUUUAUCCACGUCGCCAUGGCAGUGCUGUUUAAUGAGGACGGAUCAGUCUCAAUACUAAGAGGGUUUAUUUUUGUGGCUCCGCUUUGCAAGAUAAACUUAAUCUGAAAGAUGCAGGAUUACCAGGCAGGAAGUUCUCGUGUGAUUUUGGACCCAGAGCAGAAGUUUGUUUUGAAUGUUUGUGGAGCAGAGAAUGACAGGAGGCACCGAUGGGUUCAUUCACACACUUAUUCUUUUCUGUUUAUAUUUCUGUCAAAGAAUCUCAUCCAAAACCAACAAUGUAUAUGUCCGUCUCAAUACUUCCUGUCAGUGGCUUUCAGCUGUAUCUCUUUGGUUCCUCCAGUCAUGUUUAAAGACACAAAUACUCAGCUUUCAAUGUGUGUGUAAUUCCAUAAAAGGAAUCAUUUAAAUUUGCAAAAACAAAUAUAUCGUUUCUUCGUCUAAAACUUCAGCAAUUUCCUAAAUAGUGCAUUUGUUGGGGACUAUUUUCAGUGGCGGAUUAAUCCACAUUCGGUGCUCUCGUGAUUCAUUGUGGGAGCAGGACGGUGUGUGUGUGGUAUUGACUCAACUGCAGUGUGUGUUCACGGUAAUUAAGGAACAUCUCACCCUAUGGCACAAUGAGGCUCAGUUAUGUGGUUUUAAUAUUUGUAGACAACAAUGGAGCUCUAUGGAACAAUAAGGAAUAUCUCCAGCUUGUACACACACAUACCUGUUAGUAGACAUUCAUUGAACUUGCUGAGAAAAACCUUCUGAAUUGUCGGCAGUUAAAAAGCGAAGUGUUUGUAACUCAGCCAAAUUCAUGAUAAGGCUCUGCUUGUUUAUCAAUUCUAAUGUUUCUGUCUCAAUCAAAACGUUAUUAAAUCACAGCCAACUGUGCAGCGUAUCUGAGCAUUUGGGCUUUUAAAAUGAAAACCACAAAGCGAUUUCGGGCGAGAAAAGCACUGCAUGGAGGAUUAAAAAGGAGUUUACAAAUGUAGCCGACUUAGUGGUGACACACUCUUCAUGUUGGGGUCCCAUCACCACAAUGAUUGGACAGGAUGUUUACCUUUCCAUUUCCUGUUUGUGUUAAACCAACCUGUGAAACAAAAUGCCAAAUGACCAAUAACCUCCUCCAUUCAUCUCAGUGUAAUAACCCAGUCUGGACAUGUUGCCUUGUAGAACGUCUGGACCCGCCUCCUGCCUGUCUCUCUGCUCCUGAUGCUGUCUCUGUCGAAGCCUUCUUUUAUACAUAUAAACACCUUGGGGGAAAAAUACAACAUAAAAACUAGAAAAAUAUAUAAAAAAAGACAAAAAAAUGUAGGUAUAAAUAAUAACAAUACUGCUAUAGAUAACAACAACAACAAUGUUGAGCAAUGAAUUAAUCAGUAUCACAGGAUCCAGCAGGGACAGGAUUACACUGGACACGGGAGGGAGUGUGUGUGUGUGUGUGGCGGUGGUUCAAAUACACACACAUUAACAGGUGGGGUGGGGGGGUGUAUUGCAAUAUUAAAGUGUGCUGAUGUUGUACCUGCUUGUUGCAUUGUGCGCUGUACUGUAUCUGACAAACUAACCCCAGUCAACUAAUAAAUAAACAUGGACUACGCAUAUCCUGAACAAAA